GAAGGAGUCCUGGCAGCAGACAAUCACAAUCUGGAUUCAGCUUUGGAGAGUUUCUUAAGCAUUGAGGAUGCCACAUCAAAGAUUUGGUUCAACAUUGGAUGUGUCCAUGUCCUGAAAGGAGAUCUGGAGAAUGCCUUGGAGGCCUAUAAUCAGGCUCUAACAAAGGAUCCCUGCCUAGCUGUUGGAUUUUUCCAGAGAAGUUAUGUAUAUUUCCAGCUCAGAAGGUAUGAGAAGGCGUUGAGUGACUGCCGCCUGGCCCUAGCUCAGCUGAGAAACAACAGUGUUAUAGAUUACAAGCAACUUGGCCUCCGCCACCUACUCUUUACCUGGGAGGUCCUUUUUAACACCGCGAUCGUC